AAUUGUCAUGCCUUAAAAAUGGCAAUAUUAAUUAUCUUUUCAGGCUAAACAUGAUCGGUGUAAACAAUUUCAUCUCUCACUAUUUAAUUAUCAUCGUCAACUCACUUUUCUCGAUCAUCUUCGCCUUCUUUUUUUUGCCAUCAUCUACAUUUUAUUUACACCAUUUGUUUACCUCAAAACUGUGCAUCUCUAGGCUUUAAGACUGUUGCCUUUUUUGCCUUUAAAUCACUAAUUUCCAUUACUUUUACUUUGUUUAUUGUGUUUAAAAUUGAACAUUUAUUUUAACCAACAGUCAAUCCAAUCGUUUAAUCAUUUAUUGAUUCACGGUCAUUUAAGUUGAUCACUUUUAUUGGUUUCAUUUGUUUUCUUGGCAUCUAUACAUUAAAGCUGUUUAUUUUCCCUUCAAUCUCAAGUUUGCCUUUGUUUCUAUUUUCACCAUCGACUAUUCCUACUGGUCAUUAUCAUUGUUUUUUUUGCUUUACUCCAUUAUUAUGGCAAUGAAGGAAACUGUCAACGGAAUUGAUAACAGAAUCGAUAUAAAUAAUAAUAAUAAUAACAAUAAUAAUGAUUCUGAUGAAGAAACGUACGAAUAUGUUUCACUUUCAGAAAGGAUUGCAAGCUACCAAAAGAAACUAGAAGCUGAACAAAGGAAGCUUGAAAAACCAUGUAAAACAAAAUCAGAUUAUGGAAGACCAUUGGAAGGAUCAAAAACUCAAGCAAGAGGAAUCAAAGCUUACGAUACAAUAGCCCAAGAAAUACGUGAUUUGUGUACAUUCAUUGCUAAUAAUGGAACCAAAAAUGACGAUAAUACAAUUACAAUUACGUUUGGUCAACUUUUUGAGUCUUAUGAAAUGUUAUCCAAUAAAUUGGUUGGAAUCUUGUUGAGAGCUUGUAAACAUGGUUUUGUUCAUUUUGAGGGUGAAAUUUUGUACCAAAGACGAGAUGAUGGUGUUGUUAUAACACUAUUGAAAAUGCCUCCAGAUGAUUUCAAAUUGGCUUAUUAACAGCAUCCAAAACAAUUGGCUGGUGACAAAAACAAAGUUAACCAGACGAGUUGUAAAUUGGUGACGACAAAGAAGACAAUAUUGCUGGCAAUUCAACAGCUUAUUAGCAUUGCUUAUUUUUUUCAAUCAACCAACAUAAAGGACUACAGCUAAACAAAAGGGUUUUUCAUCAAGAGAACAAAUUGAAAUUAAUUAUUUUCCAAAUUUAUAAUUCUACGGAUUAUAAAAGCUCAUUUAAAGCUGUGCAACUUUACCUUUUGAAUUACCUCCAAGAAGACACUCACACGUAAACAAAAAUGUCAUUAAACUGGAAAAAAACUGAAUAAUAAACAAUUGAACAUUUGUUCACUUUUCAUUACAAAAAUGAA